UGUUCUCCUCCUGCCCCACUUCGUAGUGGAGGUCAACUUAACUUGAGACAGUCACGUGCAAUGACAUUACUCCAAUAUACCGGUUCGUCAACGUUUUACACAGAACUAGCAGAACUGCCCCUUCCCGUAUCUGCUGGUUUCAUCGGCGAUGUUGCACGCGUCACAUAUUCUGUUCGCGAUCAUGAACGUAACGUCAAACGAUCACUCACAAAGACGUUCACCCUCGACAAUCAAACGACUUCCCAUGAUUCAUCCGAAGUAAAAGCGUUCACAAUAUCUCCUUCCAAAUCUCGUCAAGCAAUCCUCCGGGAGGUCGCUAAUACCAAUCGAUUCGUCGAGAUCUGGGCUGGCACCCAAUUAGAAGCUUCCUUAGAUGUCACAAAGCACCACCAAGCGUUCCUCACAGAUGAUUUCCUAUCCUCUUUCUCCUUCUCCCCGUCAGAAACUUCCCUUUUAUACACAGCAGAAGCAAGCCUCAGCACCGAUGACGAUCCUUACAGCAAAUUUAGAUAUACACCUCACUUUGGUGAACCAUCCCGCACAAAGAAACGUCCCACCGUCUUUUUAUUCCGCUGGACCAGAUCCCCCGCCUCCACAAGGGCUACUAAAGAAAACAUUUCUCUUUUCGCUCUCCAGCUUACCCAGGUCCCCGUCUUAUUCGCCCAAGCUACCUUCGCAUCAGAAGACACCAUCUUCGCAAGCGGAUACGAACACACCAAAGACGGACGUCUUCUCGGCGUCAAAGGCUGCUUCAACCGUCCCAUGGGUAUAUGGCAGCUCAUCCCCACCCUCCAACCCUCACCUCUAGGGACUAAACUCACAUGCACCGCAUCAAAGCUCACUUCCCCAAACCGAUCCUGCCGCUCCCCUCGCGUCCUAUACGAUGCUAAUCACACCCCCAUCAAACUCUUCUGGUUCUCAAACCCCAUAGGCGGCGCCCAUGCAUCCUGCGUCUCUCUCGAAUUCCGCGACCUCGUUACAGGCAUUAACCACGUCCUCGUGGACACUAUCAUGGAACCUACCACUUCGAAUGACUUUCCAGGUUUAUACCCUGAGUACAACAUGCCCUCUAGCCCCUUCUUACAUCGCGCAGACCGCACAUACAUAGUUCUCCAAUCCAUAUGGCGCUCACGCACCACCGUCCUCUUCAUCGAUACCCAAUCAGGAGCGGUUACAAACGCAACCGAAUUAGGCGACGGACCAUUGUACAGCUGGACUGUACAUGCUACAGACAACAAGAGUCGUUUCAUAUGCUCGAGGAGCACGCCUACUACCCCGUGGGAGGUCUUACUGGGAUCCUUUGAUCAAGAUGACACCCUCGAGUGGAAAAUUCUAGAUAAGCCGAUAUUGUCUUCUACGACCAAGGAAGCGCUCGACGGCCUCACAUCAUCCUUCAUACCCAUCACGACACGUUAUCCUACAGAAACACUCGUCAUCCGAUCCAAGACUUUAACGAGUGGGAGCGGCCCGAAACCCGUGUGCCUGACUAUACCCCAUGGAGGACCACAUGCGACGUCGACUAGUGCGUUUGUUCCGGGUGGUGCUGCGCUUGCGCUUGAAGGAUACACUCUCAACCUCCCCAACUAUACAGGCUCCAUGGGAUUCGGCCAAAACUACAUACAAAAGCUCCUCGGCCACUGCGGGAGCAUGGACGUUGAAGAUGUCUUUGAAAGCGUGAAGGAGCUCGUGAGACUCGGUAUCUCGGAGGAGGGAAGACAGGUCGUGCAGGGGGGGAGUCAUGGAGGGUUUAUUGCUGCGCAUCUGAUAGGCCAACACCCAACCCUAUUCAACGCAGCAACGCUCCGCAACCCCGUCAUCUCAGUAGGCGAACUCGCAUCAGGGACUGAUAUUCCUGAUUGGGCUUACUCUGAAUUCGGGAUCGCGUCCACGUUCAACUCUCUCGUGUCACCUGCGCUCGAUUCCCCCGCGUUACCCACAUCCGAUUCCCCCACGCCACCCACCCCCACAUUAAUGACCCCCUCAACCUACCAUACCCUUUUCACCGCAUCCCCAAUCGCUCACGUCCACAAAAUAACCGCGCCUGUGUUGAUAUUGAUAGGAGAGGAUGAUUUGAGGGUGUGUCCGGCGCAGGGGAUUGGGUUUUACCAUGCUAUUAAGGGGCGGGGGAGUGUGAGUGGGAGUGCGGUUGGGAGCGACCAUGGGAUUGACGGGAGUGCGAGUGCGGUUGGGAAUGAGAACGGGAAGGAUGGGAAAGACGGGAGAGUGGAGAUGUUAUCCUUUGCAGGAGAGACGCAUCCGAUCGAGGGGGUUGAAGCUGCGAGGGUUUCGUGGGAGGCUGGAAGGGAUUGGUUCAAGAUGUUUGCGCAGGGUGGGUAGGAGUGGUGCUGUGGGUUCUGUUGAUCGAAUGGAGUCGAGGUGAGUAAUGUGAUGGUGGCUGAGAAACGACCGUCUGGUGUAGUCAAGCUGAACGUGAAGCAAACUUAAAUUCUAAGGAUCUGUACAAUCAAUCAAUUCAUCCAUCGUGUCGUCGAAUACUGUAACGUCCGACUAGAGGUUGCACUACAUUGUAGUGUCAAUCUAUGCAUCGUCCUUACCCGGUACCC